UAUGUGUUUCUCUAGUGACAUAGACACCACAUCAGACUAUCCAUCCUUCUUCUUGUUCUUCAUCACAUACAUGUUAUCCGUGGGGAAGACCACCACCCACCGCCAACCAACCUCCACCCGAGGAACAAGAUAGCCACUCACAGGAGAGGAAAAAAGGGUCUUGUCAGGUAAAAUUCUAUGCUUGCAAGGUUGAAGAAGAGACUAUUGCUGCUUUUGUGUAUUAAGUGGAUGUGAUUAGCAUUGUGGAAAUUUAUAAAGGACAAUGGCAGUUACCUUUGCAGCAAAUAUGUGUUCUAUCACAAGUAGUUCUAAGAUGCCUGAAGGAAUCAAAAGAUUUGUCGACAUUGAAGAUAAACUGCAAUCCAGGUCUAAUAUUCCACUGCUUCCUCUCGAAACUUCUAGUCGUAGGCACCUUUCAAUCAGUAUUGGCACUUCAUUAGUUACAAUAACAUGCUGUUAUGGUUUAUCACCAUUAAUGGCAUGGGCAGAAGAGAAGUCAGAUGACAAAGAGGAAAAUGACAAUGGGGUUAUUGGGGCCGUCAAAUCGUUAUUUGAUCCGAAUGAGAAGACAAAGUCAGGAAAAGUUUUGCCAAAGGCUUACUUAAAGUCCGCAAGAGAGGUAGUGAAAACACUGCGCGAAUCUUUAAAUGAAGCCCCUGAUGAUAAUGCCAAAUUUAGACGGACUGCAGAUGCAGCAAAGGAGUCGAUUCGGGAGUAUCUUGGUAGUUGGAGGGGAAACCAAACUAUUGCUCAAGAAGAAUCAUAUGCUGCUUUGGUAAAAGCAGUAAGAUCUUUGGCAAACUUUUACUCAAAGGCAGGGCCAUCAGCCCCACUGCCGGGGGAAGUUAAGUCUGAAAUAUUAGAUUAUCUGAAUACUGCUGAAGAAUUUUUGUAGAAAAUCUUACAGAAUGUGUACUGCAACUUCAAACCCCCUGAAACCAGAUAGCAUGAUAGUAGCAAAUUCUUUUGUAACAAAGAAACUGAUCAAACUUCUGUUUUUUCUAUUCUUUUGUCAUGUGAAAUAUAUUAACCUACGUUUGGUUGAUGAUUAA